AUGAGGCUCAGCUCAUCCCUCUACAUCCGCAAGCUGCUGGCCUCAAUCCACCCUCCGAUAUCACCCCAGUCGCCCCGCGAGUCAAAGCAGCUCCUCAAUGUCCUCGAAUCCGCCUUCCAACGACACCUGGAUGAGAAGCAUCCUUCGCCCAAAGCCGGCCACGAUGCUCAUCAUGCCUCAGAGUCUAUUCCCGAUCCCGCUCAAAGGGUGACCCAUUCCACCCACUCUCAUCUAGAUACCAUUCUCGGGCAUCCUCUCUUCAAGCAACAGUCUCUUACAUUUCUCCAAACCCGCGGGCUGGCUGCGACAGCGGUGAAGACCUUCGACAACGCCCUGCUGAAGAAAGCACUCGAUUCGUACCUCGUCCAGUCAUGCGCCCUGCAAUAUCUCCAAGGCCGGGAGAAGCAAGGCAGUCUGCCGAACAAAGACGAAGGAUUGGCUCCGAGACUGGCUCGUUGGUUCAAUGCUAUGUCGGCUCCGGAAAAAGAGGAUCUCUUGCUCAACACGAAGCACAUGGAACCUCUUGUGUCUGUCAUGUAUAUUGAUGGCUACGAACGUGAAGUGUGGCAAUGGCUGCAAGUCCUCUACGAAUGUUCGUUCAACAACUUGACCUCCAUACCUAGCGAUGAAUCUGCCCCAGAUGGUAUGGCUUAUCUUCGGGCGGAGGACCGCCUCGUGUCUCUCAUGAUCAAGGAAACCGCUCGCCGGAGUCGGCUACAAGAGGCAGUUCAACUCUACACUCAAGCACAUGAAUACCGGUUGAAGUCGAGAGGUAAAUCCGCCCCAGAACCACUUCAGCACUCCUGGCGCCAAGUGGCCGGAGCAAUCUUGUUACAAAAUAAAUUGAGCCAAAAACGCGUCUCUGCUCCUCUUUACAACUUGUUGUUAAGAUACGGCAUCCCCAUCGAAUCUUCUCCUUUCGACCCUGCCAUUCUCCAGGUCUAUCAUCCAGACUCUCCCUCAGCAAAGAGCUUGUAUCAGAGGCUGAGAAGCUCGUCUUUUGUCGACGAACUCGCCAAGUGGCAGAAAAGCCCCAACAAGCUGGUGCGGAAGAUAUGGCUGGGAUCGAUCCUCGACGCCGCCGGACUAUCUCUAGCCCAAGGCCAUGACCAUGAAGCCCGGGAAUUCCUCCAGUUCGCAGAAAGGACGUAUCCGGACUUCUUGCGGCCCCACGAGGAAGAGGCUGAUACGGCCGAACGACUGCAAUUGGCGCGUCAAGAGAUGCUUGUUAGGAAAGAAUUCCGCUCGUCUGGGUUUGCAACAGCCCCCGCAUUGCAGGCAUUGGUGUGA